CAAAGGCCAUGGUGAAAGAAAAGAAAAAAGCAGACAAGAAAGGAGAUAAGUCGGCUCGCUCUCCCUCCUCUAAUUCUGAUUACCCAGAGGCUUCCAAACAAAAUGGCAAUGCCAAUAAGCAGGAAGUACCCACCAAUGCCAACAUGUCAACACUGGAAAUGUCACUCAAGCAAUCGGCACCCAAAAGAGAUUCCACAGAUAUGUAUCAGAGUGAAGAUGAAACCCAGUAUGAAGAGCCCGUCCUGACCAAACUCAUAGUAGAAAGUUAUGAAGGGGAGAAAGUGCGGGGACUGUAUGAGGGAGAAGGCUUCGCUGUCUUUCAAGGCGGAAACACCUACCAUGGUAUGUUUUCAGAAGGACUGAUGCAUGGACAAGGUACUUAUAUUUGGGCUGACGGACUGAAAUAUGAGGGUGACUUUGUGAAGAACAUCCCCAUGAACCAUGGCGUGUACACAUGGCCAGAUGGCAGCACAUAUGAAGGAGAAGUGAUCAACGGCAUGAGGAAUGGAUUUGGUAUGUUCAAGUGUGCCACACAGCCUGUGUCCUACAUCGGCCACUGGUGUCAUGGCAAGAGACAUGGGAAGGGCUCCAUCUAUUACAAUCAAGAGGGAACCUCUUGGUAUGAGGGAGACUGGGUAUACAACAUCAAAAAAGGCUGGGGAAUAAGAUGCUAUAAAUCAGGAAACAUAUAUGAAGGCCAGUGGGAAAAUAACAUGCGCCAUGGAGAAGGCAGAAUGAGAUGGCUGACAACAAAUGAGGAGUACACUGGGCACUGGGAGAAGGGGAUCCAGAAUGGCUUUGGAACACACACAUGGUUCCUAAAGAGGAUCCCCAACUCUCAGUAUCCUUUGAGAAAUGAAUAUAUAGGAGCAUUUAUAAACGGAGUCCGUCACGGCCAUGGGAAGUUUUACUAUGCCAGUGGAGCAAUGUAUGAGGGAGAAUGGAUUUCCAACAAAAAGCAUGGCAAGGGCAGAAUGACUUUCAAGAACGGACGUGUGUACGAAGGUCUGUUUUCCAAUGACCACAUUGCACAGUACCUUGAAGCUGAACUUGAUUUUACACGUGGUCUAGACCGUCGGUCAGAUGUCUCCCAAAGGAGCCGUCAGCCUCGGGGAUCGUCUGUCAGUGCUGGUAGGGAGCCUGAGACCCUACGAAAGUUGGAUGGUAGCGAAAGCCAUUCUGUGUUAGGAUCGAGUAUUGAGCUGGACUUGAAUUUGUUGCUGGACAUGUACCCUGAGGAAAGCCAAGAAGAAGAAAAGAAGCAGGUAGAGUAUGCAGUCCUAAGGAACAUUACGGAGUUAAGAAGAAUCUACUGCUUCUACAGUGGCCUCGGCUGUGACCACUCUCUGGAUAACACCUUUUUGAUGACAAAGCUUCACUUCUGGAGAUUUCUCAAAGACUGUAGGUUUCAUCACCACAAUAUAACCCUUGCAGAUAUGGACAGGGUACUAAGUGUCUAUAAUGGCAUACCAAUUGAAGAAAUCCACUCUCCAUUCAGAACUAUACUCUUAAGAACAUUCCUGAAUUACCUCCUGCAGUUGGCUCACCACAUCCAUCACAAAGAAUACCAGAACAGAAGCCCAUCACUCUAUUUGUGUUUUACAAAACUGAUGACUGAGAACAUUCAUCCACAUGCCUGCCAGGUAAAAGGUCAUUUAUUCAGUGAGCAACAGCGGACACUCUACUCAAUGAAUUAUAUUGAUAAGUGCUGGGAGAUUUACACAACCUACUGCAGACAGAAUGAAUCCCCACCCUAUGAGCUUACAAUGAAGAUGAGGAAUUUCCUCUGGAUGCUGAAAGACUUUAGGAUGAUAAAUAAGGACUUGACUGCAACCAAAUUUAUGACUGUGAUAGCGGAUGAUAGCCCCUUCGUGUAUGAUGGAACUGACAGCAAUUUUGAACUUGAGCUGGUUUUCCUGGAAUUCUUUGAGGCUCUCUUGUGUUUCUCACUUUGCUGCAUAUUUGACCAGAUGACAAGAUCCUAUUUGAAAGUCCCAUAUGAUGAUGGCACUGGAAACCGCUACGGCAGCAUGCAUACAAUACUAAACCAGAGCGUCCACAGGAGCCCGAGUGCAAUCACAAGCCAUGACUCUGACGUCCACUUCAGCAGUGCCAAGUCGUCCUCUGACAAGAUAGGUGUUUUACCUGAUAGUAAAAUCAGGAAAUCAGAGCCCAAGCUCAAGAAGUCCCUUGAGGACAAAAGCUCCAAAAUGAACCUCAAGUCUCAAGGAAGAGGGCUGGUGUUUAUGUCUCCACAUGAGAAAUAUGAAAAACCCAAAGAUGAACAGAAAGAGAAACUCAACAUGUGGGUGAACAACCUCUACGUGUUCUUUGUGAACGUGCUCUUCAGUGCCUACAAACGUGAGGAGAUGCUCAAGGAGAAAGUGAAGGAAAACCGGCUUGAGGAAGCAGCACUGGCCCAGCAGAGGCAGAUAGAGAAUGAAGAGCUGGAAGCCAGGCUGAACCUCCUACGGGAAGAAGAGGCCAAGAGACAAGACUUCGAUAUUGACAUCACUGUGCUCAAGGAGCCGUUAGAGACUCCAUCCUUGCUGCCAAUCACACCCAGUCCUCCUAAAGAGGACAUGGUUUCCACCCAGACCAGCAAGACCAGCCCUGGUAAGAAGAAGAAGAAGUGAAGGUACUGGGUGUCACGGUUGAGCUGCAAGGACAGGCAGACAUAAAAGCUCUGUGACAAAUGUCCCAUAAAA